AUGCCUUACAAUGUUCUACCCACAUCAAUCAAGGAUGCUGAGUGUAAAUUUGUUUAUGUAACUCGAAGCCCAAAAGAUGCAUUUGUGUCGCUAUGGCACUUUGCGAAUGCGGAUAGGGGACCAGAACGAAGGCUGCCAAUAGUGGUGGAGGAUGUAUUUGAGAGCUUAUGCACUAAUAUUUAUCUUGUUAAAUGGGUUUGCUCUAACAUAUCCUUAUGGAAGGAGCACUUGAAGAAUCCUCACAAAAUACUGCUCUUGAAGUAUGAGGAGAUGAAAAGUGAUUCAAGGGGACAAUUGAAAAGGUUAGCUUCAUUUCUUGGUAAGCCAUUUCUUAAUAGCUUAGAAAGGCUUAAGAACUUGGAGGUGAAGAAGAAUGACAAUGAUAGAUGGAGUGGCAUAGCCAAUAAUGCAUUCUUUAGGCCUGGGAUUGUCGGUGACUGGAAGAAUGUCUUCACCCCUGAGAUGAUAGAGCGACUUGAUGAAAUCACUAGCUUGAAGUUAGAGGGUUCUGGCCUAUACCUCCAAGAGAAUUUUAUAGCAGCAAGUCAGUAUAGUCUACUAGCAACUAUGAUACUUAAGGUAGUUGGCAUCUUGUAUUAUCCUUGA